UCCAUGGCAAAUAAACGCACCGAAGAAGAAUUGCCGCCACGGCCGGCGUUUCCGAUCCCCGACUUCCCUGCGCCCACGCAGCCGGAGCCAUACUACGCCUCCUACGAGACAGGAGUGCCUAUUGCGAUUGAUCUGGGACGAUCGACAACCAGGAUCGGGCUGGCCAAGGAAACAAGCCCGAACAACGUGUUUCCGACGGUAAUGUCGCGGUUCAAAGACCGCCGAGUCAACAGAAUGAUUACGCUGGUUGGAAACGACAUGUAUUUGGACAAUGUGUCGAAAUCCAAUAUCCGGUCUGCUUUUGACGGUCCCAUGAUUAAUAAUUGGGAUGUGAUCGAGAAAGUGUUGGACUACGGGUUUUUGCACUGCGGAGUGUCUUCCCAGGGCAGAGUGGAUAAUCCGAUUGUCAUGAACGAGGUUCUGGCCACGCCCUUGCAGCAGAGAACAGGUAUGAUGGAGCUGCUUUUUGAGGCCUACAACGUGCCGAAACUCGCUUUUGGAGCAGACUGUCUAUUCAGCUACUACCAGAACGGGGGCUCGACGGGACUUGUCAUUGGAACAGGGCACGAAGCGACGCACGUAAUCCCCGUCGUCGAACACAAGCCUAUUUUGUCCAUUGCGAAACGGUUAGACUGGGGCGGAAGACAGGCGACGAACUAUCUGAUGGAUUUUAUUGGGCUCAAGUACCCGUAUUUCCCCACCAGACUGUCCACUUUCCAGAUGGAGAAGAUUAAACAGGACUACUGCUAUGUGUCCAAAGACUUCUCGGAGGAGAUCACGCACUAUCUGGAUCUGGAUAACUUGGAGAAGAAUGACAUAGUGUUGGAAGUUCCGUUUACGGAAGUUGUCAAACACCAAAAAACCGAGGAGGAGCUACAAUUGGAGGCCGAGAGGAAACGCGAGCAGAUAAAGCGGCUCCAUGAGCAGGCAAGAGAGCGUCGAUUGGAAAAAUUGGUGCAGAAAGAAGCAGAUUUCGCCUAUUUCACCGGUCUGAAAGAACGGAUGAAAAGCAUGAACAAGCGCGAGCAAAUAGAUGUGCUGCGGAACGAGGGGUUCCAAGACGAGUCGGAGAUGAACAAGCACAUAGCAAAUCUUGAGAGAUCGUUGAAAAAGGCCAGAAACGAGGACAUUGGCGAGAACUCCACCGAGGAGCCGCCUUCGUUCCCACUGUUAGAGGUUCCUGACGAGCAAUUGAGCGAGGAACAGAUGAAGGAGAAGCGCAAACAACGCUUGAUGAAGGCCAACUACGACGCCCGGAUGCGCGCAAAGCAAGAGAAAGAGCUUGCGAAAAAGGAGGCCGAGGAGGCUGCCGAAAGAGACAGAAAAUGGCGAGAGUCGGAUUUGGCCGGGUGGAUUUCCGAUAGAAGGGAGCGGCUGGAGAAGCUGAUUCAGCGUGUCAAGGAGCGCAAGCGGUUGAAGGAGGAGUUGACGGACAGAAAAAGUCGUGCUGCACAGAACCGGAUGAAAAAUAUAGCAUCCUUGGCCGACGAGGACAGGGGUGCCGGCAGACGCAAAAAGGCAGGCAAUGUGACGAUCGACAACGACCCGAACGACACGUUUGGUGCUAACGACGAUGACUGGGCAGUUUACCGGGCCAUUGCCCGUGAGGAAGACGACGAUGCAGAGGAGGAGGUGCAACAGGAGAUUCUCAAGAUUGAGGAGGAGCUGUUAGAGUACGAUCCGAAUUUCACUGUGGAAGACACGUUACAGAGACAGUUUGAUUGGCGCAACUCGCUGAUCCACCGGUUUUUGAGGGGCCCGCGCAAUUUCGAUCCCGAGGACCAGCACCAGCAGCACCAGAUCCACAUCAACGUGGAGCGCAUUCGGAUCCCCGAAAUAUUGUUCCAGCCCUCAAUUGCAGGCGUGGAUCAGGCGGGCAUUGUGGAGCUGGCCGAAGAUACGCUUUUGAGAAGGCUGCCGGGGGAGAAGGGAUUUUCUGGAGACGACUCCACAGAGAUGAUGAAGGACGUGUUUCUCACUGGUGGCCAGUCGUUGUUCCAGAAUUUCCAGGAGCGGCUGGAUUCCGAUUUGCGCGCCGUGCUUCCUGUGGGCUCUCCUUUGAGAGUCAGAAGGGCGCAGGACCCGUUGCUAGAUGCCUGGCGCGGGAUGGCUAAAUGGUCGCUCACAGACGAGGCGAAGCACAGCUACGUUACCAGACAGGAGUACGCCGAGUACGGCGCAGAGUACAUGAAGGAAAAUAACAUGGGCUGUGUUAGACUAUAAAAUACACACAACUUAAUGCCUUGGCAGCUUUUUCUCGAUAUCGACGGUGUUUGGGUUAAUACCCUUCUUCUUGAGAUUGUGUUUGAUGGACUCCUUCAUGAUUUCUUUGUCUGCUUCGUCGUCAAAGUCGGCGAAGUCGCCGUGGAUCAGUCCCUCCUUCUCUGCUUCCGCGUCUGCUGCCAUCUCCUUCUCCUUGGCUCCCGCCUUGGACACGUCGUGAGGACUGGAGGCCACUUUUUGGAACUUGGCCACAAAGAAGCCGUCCACGUUGUACGCGUGCGGGUAGUAUCUUCUUGUGAGCGACACUUUUGGACUGAACUGUUUGCCUCUGUAGGAGAUGAAGCCUGGCUUUCCAAUGGCCAGGCCGGUUUCCACGAGUUUCACGUUUGGUCUCUUGCGCAAAGCAUAAUCCACCACGGCCUCGUUCUCUUCCACAGCAACUGAACAGGUGGAAUACACGAUCACGCCGCCGGUGGCGGAAUGCGCGUCGACAGAGUCGAUCGCAGAAAGCAGCAGCUGUUUUUGUAGAUGGGGAAUUUGAAUGAAAUCCUUCUCGGUUCUGUUGACCUUGACGUUCUGGUCCUUGGCAAUGACACCUGUUCCAGAGCAUGGCGCGUCCAGGAGUACUCUAUCGAACCCACCAAUGACCUUCGGAAACUCGCGCGCAUCAUAGUUGCAGACCACAGUGUUGGUGCACCCCAGACGAUGAAUAUUGGCGAUCAGCGACUUGGUUCUUGCUUUGUUGGCGUCGUUCGCGAACACACACCCGGUGUUCUUCAUGAGAGCAGAAAUGUAGGUCGUUUUUCCGCCCGGAGCAGCUGCCAUGUCCAGAAUCCGCUCGUUUUCCUGCGGAUCCAAGGCCAUCACCGGCAGGAACGAAGAGGCGGCUUGAAGGAUGUAAUGUCCAGCCAGAUACUCCGGGGUGGCUCCGAUAGGAACCUGCGAGUCAAACACCUGGAGUCCGACUUUAGUCCAUGGCCCUAUUGGUUGCAAAUUAACUCCCUUGUUGACCAGGGUCUGGGCCAGCUCUCUGCGUCUGGUCACCAAGGUGUUGGUUCUGAUCGUCACUGGUCUAUGAAUUUCGUUGGCCUCGAAGAACUCAAUGGCCUCCGACGGCGAGAAAAGGUUGAAAAGCUUUUCCGCCAAAAAUGGUGUGUAGCCAAAGUACUCACAUAUAUCCUUGAGCAACCGGUCCACGUACUCCACACGGCUUCUGCCCUCUUCCGCAAGGUUCUUGAAAUCUUCAAGCACCUUCACCACCUCGAGCAUACGAGUUCUGACCAUCGUCAGAUCGGGUCCUGAUUGUUUCAUUUCCUCCUCCUCUUCUUGUGUAGGCAGAACCUUAGCUCUUGGGUUUUUAGUAUUUUCCUCCAGAAGCUCGUCUUCGGCGUCCUGUUGCUCCAUCAAAGCCUCCUCAUCGAGCUUUCUGGAGUAUUCUUCCAUAUUAGCAGCAUUGAUGGCAUCCAUAUCGUCGCUCUCGUCGUCGGAAAACAUUGGUCUUUCUCUGCCUUCUUCGUCAGAAUCAACAAACUCGUCAUCGACCUCUGGCUCAGAGUCGUCUUCGAGCUGUUCAAACUCGUCCAGACCGGCGUCUUGGUCCUCGUCAUCGUCAAAAAGAGAUUUUUUGGCUGCCGAAAGCUCCUCAAGGUCGACUUCUGGCAGGUCCUCUGGAUCUUUAUAUUCUUCUUCCUGUUUGGGUUUCUUGGCUUUCUUCGUUGAUUUUCUCACAUCUUUCGAUUCUUUCUCUGCCUUACGCUUUGUGACUUUUUUCUUCUCAGAUUUUUGGAAUUCUUCCAGUGAGGGAGGCAUUCCCUGCUUAUUC